GUUCUAACCUUUGAUCAGAGUCUAUAGACUUUUCAGCAAAUCAAGUUCUCAGUGAUGUCCUAACAAACAAACAAAAUGAAAAUAAAGUCAUAAAUAGAGAUAAUAAAAGGAGUAAUUAUUAUUUUUUUUAUAAUCUUUGUGCACGAGUGUGCUCAUGCAUGUGCGUGUGCACGUCAGUCGAUUAGACUCUGUAAUCACUCAUGCUCCGUUCAUUGAUCAUUACCAACCACCUGGCAGAGACAUCACAGCCGUCAUGGAUGAAGGAAAGCAGCUGACCGGCACGCUGGCUUUGGCCGUGUUCACGGCAGCUCUGGGAUCGCUGCAGUUUGGAUACAGCCUGGGAGUUAUCAAUGCACCCCAGAAGAUCAUAGAGAACCACUACGCUCGGGCCUUGGGGGUGUCCUUAGAGAGGUCCGUGAUGCUGGAAAACAGCACCGACCUCCUGGAGGAGCCCAAACACCCGUCGGUGGUCAUGUACUGGUCGUUGUCUGUGGCGAUCUUCUCCAUCGGUGGGAUGGUGUCCUCCUUCCUGGUGGGAUUCAUUGCCGACCUGAGAGGGAGGGUGAAGGGCAUGCUAAUGGUCAACGUUCUGGCCGUCAUAGCAGGCCUCCUGAUGGGUCUCUGUAAGAUGUGGUCGCCCCACAUCAUGGUCAUCAUGGGUCGGGCCGUCAUGGGCUUCUACUGCGGGUUGACUUCGGGGUUGGUGCCCAUGUACAUUGGCGAGAUUGCCCCCAAAGCGUACAGAGGCGCCCUCGGAGCCUUACACCAGCUGGCUAUCGUCAUCGGCAUCCUCCUCAGUCAAGUGAUAGGCUUGGACUUUGUGCUCGGUAACGAUGAAAUGUGGCCGCUGUUGCUGGGUCUGUCCGGAGCUCCCGCCAUAGUGCAGUCCCUGCUGCUGCCUCUGUGCCCCGAGAGCCCCCGCUACCUCUACAUCCUGCUCGGGAAGGAGCAAGAGGCUAAAAAAAGUCUUCUGCGUCUAAAGGGGCCGUGUGACACCACCACUGAUCUGGAGGAGAUGAAGAGGGAGAAAGAGGAGGCGGAUAAGGAGGCGAAGGUUUCCAUCCGUUCUCUGAUCUUCUCCUCCGUGUACAGGCAGCAGCUGGUCGUUGCUCUCAUGAUGCACCUCUCCCAGCAGAUGUCGGGCAUUAAUGCAAUCUUUUACUACUCCACUUCCAUCUUUGAACAAGCCGGCGUCGGCCAGCCGAUCUACGCCACCAUAGGGGUCGGGGUGAUCAACACCAUCUUCACUAUGGUGUCUGUGGUGCUGGUGGACCGAGCUGGCAGGCGGACUCUGACUCUGGCGGGUCUGGGAGGGAUGUGCAUCUGUGCUGUAGCUAUGACUGUGGGGCUGAAAUAUCAGUUUGACCUUCCGUGGAUGAGCUACGUCAGCAUGGCGGCCAUCUUCCUCUUCGUGAGCUUCUUUGAAAUCGGUCCCGGUCCCAUCCCAUGGUUCAUUGUGGCUGAGAUCUUCAGUCAGGGGCCUCGGCCGGCAGCCAUCGCCCUGGCAGGCUGCUGUAACUGGACCAGCAACUUCAUCAUUGGUUUGACCUUCCCGUACAUCCAGGCACUGAUGGGCUGCUACGUCUUCAUCCUCUUCGCCGCCUUGCUCCUCUGCUUCACUCUGUUUAUUUAUUUCCGUGUCCCUGAGACGAAGGGCAAAACUUUUGAGGAGAUCGCCGCGAUCUUCCAAAAGAAACAUCAAAUGACUAAAGACAGCACUGAACUGGAUCACCUGAAGAAGUCCUCAGACGCUUAGAUCUCCAUCCUCUUUAAAGAACCACCUCGACCUGCAAUGUCAGACAUGGAGCAGAGUUUACAUGUAAUUCAAACAUGAACUUCUAUAAUGUGUCAAAGUCGCGGGUAAGACUGGGUUCGUUCCAGCUGACUGUUUUUAUCCACCACUUUGAUUCUAUCUACCUAGAUGAGAGAGAAGCUACACAGACACUAAUGUGGUCAAACGAGCUCAAACUGCUGUUUUACAAACUGACAAACCACAUAUGUGAGAGAUGUUACGCACAGUUUUGACCUAGACUGCACUUUUCAGCUCAGUUAAACCUUAAAAUGUAGAAUUUCUGUUUAUUUAAUUGACAACAUCGUGGAGCCUAGAAUACGAAGAUCUACGUAGGCCUCUUUUUGAAUGCUCGUCUAGCUCAUGGUGUUCACACUGGACAAGCAGGGAGGGGCUUCCUCCAAUUCUUCUUUUUCUUUUGCUACUGUUUACUAGCACUUGUCUGCCACCUACAGUUGGAUGGGAGUUGGUGCAAAAUAUCAAAUUGGUGCAAAUUUCAUAGAAUUCAACAAUUUGCGAUUAUUCAUUUUUUCUUCGUGAUUAAUUUUCUUCUUCGGGAGCCGAUUCUUUUGAUUCAACUCCCCGGAAAGAAUUGGCUCUCGACUCUUUACAAAAGAUUUUAUGCUAACCUUUAUUUUUUUUUACUAUAACUUUCCCCAAAAUAAUGAUUUGUAUGAUAAAAGAUGCUUUAUUGGAUAGAUAAGCUUUAAUCUGGAACAGGAUCACAAUCAUUAAGCAGUUCACAUAGAGUGCCAAGAGUUCACAAGAUGACUAAAAAGAUUAAUAAAUUAAAAUAAAAUACUAAAAGUCUACAGAAAAUAUAAAAAAAUAGUUGAAAGAAGCCUCAGAAUUGCAUUUUUGUAAAUUUAUUCCCCUACGAACGAAUCUUUUGAUUAAUAUUUUAAUCAAAAUCUGACAUACAAGUACUUUUAGGAUAUUUUUUAUUACUUAAUCUUUCCAUUUCUAGUUUUAGAGAAUUAAAAGACAGGUCCAAAAAAACACAAGUUUUCUUUUUUAUAAAAUGAUAUCGAGGAAAAUAAGAAAUAAAUGUCAUGAAGUUUAGGAGACUGAAGAAGGCGUCUCCACGCCACGGCGGCUCACUGUCUGCCCGUCAGUCGGCCUUCUGGAGCCCGACGUAUCUCCAACAGUAGCAGGACAGGCUCCAGCAACCCCCGGCCCCUAAAGGGACAGUUUCAGAAAAGGGUUGGAAUUUCAGGAUGAAAAUGCUUGGAUUAAACCUCCGUGAACUCUACUCACUGAUUGAGUUGCUCUGUGUCACGUGACCGAGACUGAGUCCCUGAUUGGUUGAUGCAACCAAUAGCGCUGCGGAACCUCAGAUUGUGUCUUUAUUAUUGACAUAAGAUUGAAACCCGAUGCACCAUCGCUUUCGGUGUGAGCGAGCGAAAGUCACUGAAAACGUCACGUGCCCACAGCUGAUUGGCAGAUGCGACCCGGCGACCUGCCAAACUUUAGAUAUUGAAAUUUUGGCUGCGCCGCCCGAUUCGCCCCGUGUUACUCAAAUCAAGCUGCUGGCAGAACUUCCCGCUUGAACACCAAACAGAGAUUCUGAAGACCUUAGAUUCAUGAACUAGCAUCAAUGGCCUGAAGGCAGAGAAGCCAUUUUAGAGCUGAGAAUUUGACGAAUAAUUUAAUAAUCAAGUUUUUAUUUAGGAUGAAUGUUCAAAUAAAAUGGUGGCUUAUCCAUAAGACCCAACACUAAACACGGACCAAUCAAAGAAGAGCUGUUUAGCUGACAGGGCUUCUUCUUAAGAGACGCCACAGCCAAUCAUUAUCCUCGACCAACCAUCUUCCUUCUCUGAACCCAAACCAUCUUCUUUGGUCUUUUCCUGUUCCUCCUCUCUUCAAGCCAUCUCAAUCAACCAAUCAUGUCUGAUCCUCGUCCCUCCCAAAGAGAACCUCCACAUCUAUCACUUUGGUGUUUUAUUUUUCCAAAAUCUUGAUUUUGUUUCUUUUUUUUAACCUUUUUACUUGAUUUUAUCAGGACUCACUGAAUUGAACCCAUUAAACACAGUCAGUGCUGCAUCCUUCAGUGUUUUGACCACAAGAUGAGCAGAUUAAAUGAAGAAAUGGGAAUAAAUUAUAGAUUUAAUCCACAA